AUGAUUCGAGAAAUGUAUAAUAUCCUGGUAGUUGUAAAUUUGUUUGCCUACUCGUUGUAUGUAUCUGGGAAAUGUUUCAGAAAAUAUGAAAAAUAUGGAACAUGUUUCUGCGCGUGUGAUUCAUCUUUUGAAAAUCUGACUCUGUCCAGGUUCUCAUCUGCGGAGGCCCUCAUGUUGUGUUCAAUGAGAUGUUCGCGAACGAGCAGCUGUGUGGCUUACAACUUCUUCAAUGCACCCAACCAGUGCCAACUAUUCAACCGAACGAUAGAUAAAUUCUCUGUCGUGCCAAGUUGUCAAUAUUUUUGUGAUACAAAUAAUUUUGGAGUAGAUUUUGUAUUGAGUAGAAAUUUGUCGAUAACUGUGGAUAACGUUCUCGUUGAAUUUUACGUCAACGGUGUACCAGUAAAUGUUGCAACCUACUUUCCAAAUGCUAAUGAUUGGACAGUGUUUGACACCUACACACUGACCACGGGUGCCACCCUUCUUGCAGUCAAGUCCCAUAACUCCGGAGGAUUUAGUGGUUUGAUGGCCAAAACAGCAGAUAAUUACAUCCUGACUAACUCUUCCUGGAAAUGUACCAACAACUCAUACGAUGGCUGGUACGAAGUGGAUUACGAUGAUUCAUUCUGGCCUGAUGCUGUCGUAGGGAGGAGAAAAAAAUUUUAUAAUGAUGCCUAUUCAUGGUUCAAUCCAGCCCAGUGGAUCACAGAUUUAACCGAUUGUGCUAAUUGCUAUGCGGAUUUUUAUUGCCGUAAACAUUUUUAA